AUGGGGAAUUGCUUUAUCCAAUGGGAUGUCAUGGGAAGCAAAGAUCAAAGCAACAAUGCAAGUCUAGAAGAGCUUAGGAAUUUGUCUCAUCUAACUGCAUUAGACAUAAUGAUUCAAGAUGCUUCGGUUUUGCCAAGGGACUUGCAGGUCUUUGAAAAGCUUGAAAGAUACAACAUAUUUGUUGGUGAUAUGUGGAAAUGGUCAUUGACAUGGUCUGGAGGUGCUCAUAAAUCUUCAAGAGUACUUAAGCUCGAGGACAGUAGGGGUUUAAGCAUUCUUUCUGAUCGUGGAUUUAACUUGUUGAAUUCAGCCGAGGACAUGUGCCUUGCCAAAAUACAUUGUGUUAGAAAUGUAUUUUAUGAACUGAAUAGGAAGGGUUUUCCACAAUUAAAGCAUUUGUGCAUUCAAGACAGUACUGAACGGAAGUACAUCAUCGACUCAUCCGGGUAUGUUCAUCCUGAUCCGGCUUCACCCAACUUAGAGACUUUGGCUCUUCAAAAUUUGAUUAAUCUGGAAGAAAUAUGCCACGGGCCAGUUCCAAUUCAAUCUUUUACCAAACUAAGAUCUUUUGAAGUCAAAGGUUGUGACAAGUAG